UGACCGCGUCACGGCGUGACCCGCGUCGCAGCCCGUCGCGGUGCCUCGGCACGUGUGGGGAUUCUCCACCGUGCCAUAGCGUCGUCCACGCUGCCCCAGCCUGCCCCAUCCUGUACUCUCCGGUGAGCAGCAAGUCCUUCUCUGGCGCCCCGCUCGUUGGCUCACGACCGCCCACUGCUUUCAGACCAUGCCGCCUCCUCACUAUGACUUCCUAAUCAAGCUGCUACUCAUCGGCGACUCAGGUGUCGGGAAGUCAUGUCUCUUGCUACGAUUCUGUGACGACGCAUGGACGCCCUCCUUCAUCACAACCAUUGGCAUUGACUUCAAGAUUCGCACAAUCGAACUCGACGGCAAGCGCAUCAAGCUCCAGAUUUGGGACACGGCUGGUCAGGAGCGAUUCCGGACCAUCACUACCGCGUACUAUCGCGGGGCAAUGGGUAUCCUGUUGGUGUAUGAUGUAACAGACGAGCGAUCAUUCAACAACAUCCGCACAUGGCACGCAAACAUCGAGCAGCACGCCUCCGAGGGCGUGAACAAGAUCCUCAUCGGGAACAAGUCGGACUGGACGGACAAGCGUGCCGUUACAGAGGAGCAGGGGCGCGAGCUCGCAGAUGAGCUCGGCAUCAAGUUCAUGGAGACCUCCGCGAAGGUCAACGAUGGCGUCGAGGAGGCGUUCUUCACUCUGGCGAGGGACAUCAAGGCACGGCUCAUCGACUCACAACCGGAAGCUGCGGGCGCUGCGAGCGGCGCCCCUGGCUCGGACGGCGCAGUCAAGGUCAACCAACCCGCAAACCAAACCGCCGGAGGCUGCUGCUAGGCGCCUCCACCCAUUAGACGUUGCAUACCUGUACCUCUCACCAGUGUUGUCAUGGAUGUCCCCUCAGAUGGUCUCGCCGUCGUUAUUUAUAUCCGUGUAAUGUGGUCGCGCUCCUGACCUGUUUCUCUACCAUUGCUGACAGCAAUCCACUUCAUAUAUGCCCUCUUCCU